AUGUGCAAGUCAGACAGCUACGUGCUCGAUGAGAGCUUCAAUCCGGAAGAGUUUGUCGCCGACAUCAAAAAGGCCAAGGCCGCCGUCGGAGAGGCCACCGAGGAGGAUGCUCAGCACCUUCACCGUUUGGUCCUGAUCUCCCAGGUAGUACUCUAUGGUGGCCACAUUUUCUUGCUGCUGGGAGCUGCCAUGCCCUCGAUGGCGGCCUUGCUGCUCUGUGGGCUAGGUGCCUGCAUGAUUGCCUUCGCCCGGUGCAUGAAAUGGGCCAUCAUUGGACACCAUGUUUCCCACGGUGGCUACGACAGCUUGCAGAAAAGCCAUCCCAAUGCCUUGCCGGCACACUACAAGCGGGGUGUCUUUGCCAUUGGCGUCCGACGCUUCUUCGACUGGCUGGACUGGAUGCUGCCUCAGGCUUGGGAUGUGGAGCACAACAAGGCCCACCACUACUACCUCUCUGAGGAGAAAGAUCCAGACUUGGUGGAGCACAACACAGCAAUGUUGCGCACGCUCCCUUUGCCCAAGAGCAUGAAGUAUGCCUUUUUGCUGCUCUGGGUCUUCACCUGGAAGCUCACCUAUUACUCCCCCAACACCUACAAGGAGCUUGUGCUCUCGGAGAAGAAGGGCUGGUUGGCACGGAACUGGCCCAGCUGGACCAAGAAGACUGACCCGGUGACGGUAUUUGAUGCCCUCAGGAUGCCGUUGGAGUCUCUACUCAGCGGGAAGGUCAUGGAUGCCUUCUUCUGGUUGGUCUUCUUUGCGCAGUGGAGCACAGCAAUAUUCCCAAUGCUCAUUUCCGUUCUGCUCCCUGCAGCAUGGCCACUCUUGCUGGGCAGGGCUGGGCUUUGGUUUGGGGCCACUACGGCAGGGCAGGCCGCGAUUCGAGCAUUGAUUACUUCCCUAGUGGCAGACAUGCUGUCGAAUGCACAUGCCUUCGUGAUCAUUGCUUGCAACCACUCAGGUGGUGAUCUCUACCGAUACUCCACAUCUUGCAAGGCCUACUCGGCAGAGUUUCUGCUUCGCUGCACCUAUUCCUCAGCCAACUUCGAGUGCGGCAAUGAUCUCAUUGACAUCGUCUACGGAUGGCUCAACUACCAAAUUGAGCACCACAUGUACCCUGACAUGACGCCGCUGCAGUACAGGAAGUUCCAGCCACUUGUGAAAAGCAUUUGCAAGAAGCAUGGUGUGAUGUACGUCCAGCAAAAUGCAUUGAAGCGCACCUGGAUGAUGUUCCAAGUGGCAGUUGGAGAUGCACAGAUGAAGCGGUGCACCGCGCUGGUGCCCCCAAAAGCCUAUGAAAAGUCCAAGAUUGAAACGUCCGCUGAGGAGAGUGGAUGA